CUGGUGUCGUCAGAGGAGCAGGAAACAAGCGGAAAGCAGCAGCGGUGAUUGAGAAAGAGAAGAAGAAGAAGAAAAAGGCUCCAGACUUUCUAGAGCGAGCACAGAUUAAAUCCCUGAAACAUUCUGAUCCACCUGCUGCAGAGAUGGGGGCUCAGGCCUCGGCGGUUGAAGGCGUGCACGUGGUGGUGGUUGGCGGCGGGUUCGGCGGCGUGGCGGCGGCGCGGCAGCUGCAGGCUGCAGGACUCAGCUUCACGCUGAUCGACAUCAGAGAUUGUUUCCAUCACAACGUGGCGGCGCUGCGAGCGGCUGUUCUGCCCGGUUUGGCUGAGCGGACGUUCAUCCCGUACGCCGACACGUUCGGGGACAGUUUUGUUCAGGGACGAGUUGAGCGCGUGGACGUGGACAGACAGACGGUCGUCCUCGACGACGGGACGGAGGUGGGGUUCUCUCACCUGGUGCUGAGCACCGGCAGUGACGGAGCGUUACCCGGGAGGUUCAACAGCGCCGCCAGCCGCCAGAGCGCCGUGCAGGAGUACCAACACUUCAUCACACAGCUGCAGGCUGCAGACUCUCUGCUGGUUGUGGGUGGGGGCUCCUCCGGUGUGGAGAUGGCUGCUGAGAUAAAGUCGGAGUAUCCGGAGAAGAAGGUGGUCCUGAUCCACUCUCGGGCGGCGCUGGCCGACCCCGAGCUGCUGCCGAGCGUCCGUCAGCAGGCCAAACAGCUGCUGCUGCAGAGAGGGGUGGAGCUCCGGCUGGGUGAGAAGGUGUGUGACCUGUCUGCGCUGCAGCUGAACGUGACUCAGAAGAACUCGGUGGUGACCACGGAGCGCGGAGACAAACUGACCACCGACCUGAUCGUCUGCUGCACCGGACUCAAGAUCAACACCACCGCAUACGCCUCCAGCUUCUCCGGCUGUAUGGCUGAAAACGGCGCUCUGAAGGUGAACGACCACCUGCAGGUCGAAGGAUUCUCCAACGUCUUCGCUAUCGGCGACUGCGCCAACGUCAACGAGCCCAAGAUGGCGUACCACGCCGAGCUGCACGCCGCCGUCGCCGUGACCAACAUCAUCAACAGUCUGAGGGGGAAGGAGCUGACGUCAUAUCUAACAGGUAACAUCACCAUGUUGCUGGCGAUGGGCCGUGACGAUGGCGUGGGCCAGUUUAACGGGUUCAGGUUGCCUCGUUGGCUUGUUGUUCUGGGGAAGAGUCGAGAUCUGCUGCUGUGGAAGAGCUGGAGGGAGAUGAGGCAGAAACAACCCUGAGACACACACACACACACACACACACACACACACACACACACACACACACACACACACACACACACACACACACUCACACGCCUCUAAUUGAUUAAUUGAUUUGUUGUUCAGCAGCAUGUUACAUACGAUGACAGACAACGCUCUCUUAUUUUCACUAGCAGGUUACAUAUUAUAUACAGAUAAAUCUCUUAUUUUCACUAGCAGGUUACAUAUUAUAUACAGAUAAAUCUCUUAUUUUCACUAGCAGGUUACAUAUUAUAUAUAGAUAAAUCUCUUAUUUUCACUAGCAGGUUACAUAUUAUAUACAGAUAAAUCUCUUAUUUUCACUAGCAGGUUACAUAUUAUAUAUAGAUAAAUCUCUUAUUUUCACUAGCAGGUUACAUAUUAUAUAUAGAUAAAUCUCUUAUUUUCAUUAGCAGGUUCCAUAUUAUAUACAGAUAAAUCUCUUAUUUUCACUAGCAGGUUACAUAUUAUAUAUAGAUAAAUCUCUUAUUUUCACUAGCAGGUUACAUAUUAUAUACAGAUAAAUCUCUUAUUUUCACUAGCAGGUUACAUAUUAUAUACAGAUAAAUCUCUUAUUUUCACUAGCAGGUUACAUAUUUGCAGAUGAUGUUCACUUAAACAAAACUGUGCUUCUCUGCUGAAAAAAAUACCUUUUUUUACACAUUUUAUGUAUUUUCAAGACCUAAACAAUCUAUAUUAGUUGAAAUAAACUGUUUCCAGAAUAUGUUUACCACUCUACCUUGAUGUCAGACAGCCCUGUUGGAGUUGACGCGCUGGUUAACUAAAACACUUCUUCCUUGCAGGAAGUUUUACUUGAAGACAGAAAUAUACUUUAUACUCUAUCACAAAACAUCUUAAUUUCAGUUUAUGCUUCACUGAAACACUUUAAAUGAUCCUGUUCAAAGUUAGAACACCAGAAGUUGUCAUGCUGUUGUUUCUGUCUCUCAGAACUGAUGCUGUGAAAGAAAUUGUAUGAAAUGAUAUUAUUGUAUGUUAAACUGUGUCUGUGCCAAUUAAACAUUAGUGAAACGUUUUAUUUUAUUAUUGUGCUUCACUUCUAAACAGUUGCUCUGAAGUCCUCAGUGCUUCUAAAACUGAUAUUAAAAUACUAAAUAACUUUA